AUUCAAUCCCAUAUAAACAUGAACAACAAUACACAUUUUUUGUUGUACAGUUAACACAUAUUCUAAUACACGUAUCACUUAAGAAAAGGUUUUUUGUCUUAUGAAGAUAAUUCUUAAAUAUUUAAACCCAUUUACCAGUGGAAUAUUACAUCAAUAUUACAUCAUAUUAGAGUAAUUUACAUCAACCAUAUCCUUGAUUUUUUAAUUCGGGGGAAAAAGAGCUCUGUCCUCCGCCGUAUACGUCUAAACACACACAUACAACCAUUAUUUAGUUGAGUGACUGUGCUUUGAGUGGAGCAGCUUGUUUUCUGUGGGCUGUAUUUUGGUGGCGCUGCGUCUCCUCUCAGGACUCGACUGUGUAAAGUCUAGGGUGACACUGAUGUUUUGACCGCAGAGCUCCUUACCGUCCUCUCCCCUCCUCCUCCUCCUCCUCCGAGCCCUCGGAUGAGGUUCAAUGCUACGCCUAAGUCACGUGGUUCCCUACAGCGAAAGCCUCGUUCGCUGCGGCUCCUCAGCGCAAUCAGCGAGGCUGAGCCUGGGAUGAGAGAUGCAACUCAGAGAGGCACGUCUGUCGAGGCAAAGUUAUGGCACGGUCAUCCUCGGAGGAACAGGUCCUGCACCAUUUUCUCUCUGCCAAAAAGUGCAUCAGUGAUGACGUGCACGCUUUUCUGGAACGCACAACUCCGGAGCGAGAAAACCCCAAAUUACGCAUCAAAUCCAACUAAUUGAAGUGAGGCGCGUCAAAAACACAGAGGGAUUCCAGCGGCCUGGUGUAUAAACCUGGAAACCGGGCGACACAAACACCUCUACGUGAGAUUUCAUUCGACACUUCAAAUCCCACAGAGAAAGGUACAAAGUUAAUCUUGAUGCAGCCAUAUUUCGUGAGGAUGACACUCAGAGAUUAGGACUUCUGACCCUAUUCAUAGCCUCUGCAGCCAGCAGGCAAACGACCAAACCAACAGUGAGACUUUCUUAGUGCAACUGAGUGACACAGCCAUGAACCUCUUCAGGAAGGAUGUCAUGAACACAAAGAAGGAGAAGGAGAAGGAGAUCCAAUAUGAGGAUCCUCCAGAUGGAGGCUGGGGCUGGAUGGUGGUGCUGCAUUGCUUCUUGGUAAAUGUCCUGGUGAUGGGAACACUGAAGACAUUUGGGAUUUUUUUUGUGGCAUUCCAAGAUGAGUUUGAAGGCUCUGCGGAGAGCAUCAGUUGGAUCGGUUCCAUCAUGUCCAGUAUGCGGCUGUCUGGAGCACCCAUGGCCUCUGUGGCAUGUGCCAAGCUUGGACCCAGGGUGACCUCCAUCAUUGGAGCAGUACUGGUUAGUGGAGGCUUCCUCUUAAGUAUUUUCGCAACUUGCGUGGAGUUCCUGUACUUCAGCAUGGGAGUGAUAGUUGGAAUGGGUUUCGCACUAUUAUACCAGUCCUUCUCCGUGGUCACUGCUCUGUACUUUCGAAAGAGGUUAGCAACAGCGUAUGCAAUUGGACGGUCUGGAAUGGGUUUGACCUUUGCCCUCGCCCCGUUUACUCAGCUGCUUCUGGACCAAUAUUCUUGGCAAGGGGCGUUGCUGAUUCUUGGUGGUCUCAUGCUGAACCUGGUGGCCUCUGGGAUGCUUCUGCGACCCAUCAAUGUGAAGCCUCCUGUGUCAAACUCUACCUCGUCUCCCAUCCAAAAGAGCCCCACUAUGUCUAUCAAGAGCACCUCAGAGAAGGAAUACACCAAGACCAGCUUGAAUGGCUCCUCUCACUUAUCCAAUGGCAUUUCCCAGUCAGACUUAUUCCCGUCCCCUCCUCCUCCUCACAGGGACACUGAGAACCUGGGGAAUGAAUGUACUCAGGGACUCCAGUCAUUGAAGCCUGAACUGACCAGACUGGUCCUCAGUGGUGUGAAUGGCCAUGAACCUCACCAUGACAUGGGUCAGUGUAAACCCACAUCUCCUGACAGCUCAGCUGAGCUCAAUGGAUACAAGAAUGGUUCCACCAAUAAUGGAUUUCCCUCACAUGCCAGCGUACCCAGUGAGGUGAAAGUCAAAAAAGCCAAAGUACUUGAUUUCUCCCUACUUAAGGACCCGUUCUUUUGCAUCUACACUUGGUCAGUAGUUUUCAGCCAGCUGGCGUACUUCAUCCCCUAUUUCCACCUUUCUGCCCGAGCCAGAACCUUGGGCAUCGAUGCCAUGGAUGCAUCUUUUAUCAUCUCUGUGGCAGGUAUCACAGAGACCAUCGCCCAGUUAGCCUCAGGCUGGGUGACAGACAGGAACCUGUUUCAUAAAUACCACUACCACAAAGCAUACCUGAUACUCUGUGGCCUGGUCAACCUGCUCUCCCCUCUGGCAGAUUCCUACAUCCUGUUGAUGGUUUAUGCUGUCUUCUUUGCCGUCUUCUGUGGUGGCUACAUGGCUCUGCUGCUGCCUGUUCUAGUCGAUCUCGUGGGCGCGGAGAAACUCAACAACUCCAUGGGCUUCUCCAUGUUCUUUGUUGGCCUGGGUUGCCUCACGGGGCCUCCGUUAGCAGGAUUCCUCUAUGACUACACUCAGACUUACGACUGUUCCUUCUACCUGGCUGGGCUCUGCUACCUGCUCUCCUCAAUCUCUCUGUUCUUGGAGCCACUGGCUCAGCGCUGGAAGCCCGGGAAGAAACUGGUUCAAGGCAAGAGAGCAGAGGGCAGCUGUAAGACCAACGGCUGCUUCACCCCUGACCGUCCGCAGAACGGCGUAGUGUAGGAGUAAAACCCAGGGAAAGCUUUCGAUCUUGAAUGAGCAUGAGCAUGACUAUGGGCCGCAACAUGAAGUCGGAACCUAAGUGACUCCUGAUCUCUGCAAGAGACAUUGUCUGACGAGAACCAGAAUAUGACCACAGUGGCAUGAUGUCAGUGGACAAACAGUAGUCAGGGAAUGGGUGAAUCAUUUGUUUAGCUGAACUUUUGAAAAGCCAAAAUUUUAUUGUCAAAUUGCAAAAAUACUUUUUCCUCUCUUUUUUCUUUUGGUUAGGGUUAGGGUUAGGGACCACAGCCAGCACAUGUCAGUAUUAGCAGCAUGUCAAUUACAACUUUCACAAACAUAAAACAAUUCUGUCAAGAAAAAAAAGCCAGAACAAAACAGACAUCAAUUCUUUGUUUGUGAUUUGGUGACAAUGCUGGCACUGAUGCACUUUGGGCGACAUUGUGAUUCUGUUGCACAUUUGCUUUGGCCUUUAACUUUGUCCGUCUCUAUGGCAUCAUGUGUAGGGUCAGACAGUAAAGUUCAAUUCUUCACCAAUUUCACAAGACGAUAGGACAAAGGGGAGAGUGUUUGUCACAUAUAAGCAUUUCAAAGCUACAGUACAGACAGUGUGCUUGUGUUCAGCUAUGCACACACAUGUUCUUGUUUUUGUACGUUUAUUAAUGAAUGUUCUGGACACUAAGACACACCAUUCAGAUAGAUUUUUUGGAUAUCUCUUGCUUUACAUUUUUUUCCCCCACAUAGGGCAUUACUGGUAUCUUUAAACAAAGUGUUUUUGUUUUUUUUACUGACCCCUUAAUACCCUUGCAUACCUUAUUAGUCUUUGUAUUUGAUUACAUUAUUUAAGUUUUUUUUCAUAGUUUUUACAGUUUUUCUGAAACUUGACAUUCACAAAAAUGUCAAUAGCUGGUGACUCUAGAUAAUAUACACAUAGUGUUAUAUUACCUGAAUUUCAUCUCUCGCCUCUGAACUCAGUAGCUACUUUUGGUGUCAGUGCUUACAUGGUGCACACACUGAUAUAUCAGCUGCUGUCAGUGCACACGACUCCUGCAAUUUGAGAUGCUUCCAUUUGAAAACGUGCACUGUCAACAGUAAACUAAGUAUCAACUGACAUCCAACCAUUUAAACUGCUUUUAGCAUCUAAAAGUAAUGUUUAAACUAAUUGUACUCUUCAACUGUUAUUAUUUAAACUGACAUUCAGCAACUACUCAUCUCUUCAUUUGCAGUUUAAUGUUGAAACACAGUGUAGCUGUGUUCAGCUUUUACUCUUCAGCCGUCAGUUUAAACGCUUUUUUCUAUGACAUAAGAAAUGGACAUCCCAGCUGAAUCAUUACAUGACUGACUGACCGACUGAUUGCAGCUUCUUUCAGCUCACUUUGACUGACACCUCUGCUCUUUUCCACAUUUCAACCUGUUUACAGUCAUUGCACCUGCAAUUUACUACACAAAUAAGCACACUUAAUUUUCUUCUAUUUUUUUUUUAUAUAUCAAAUCUGUUGUGAAAUUUUUAAAUGCCUACUACUAAAAAAACCUGCUCCUUCUGUGGAUCAAAGAAUAAUAUUAUGCAUUUAUAUCAAUAAUGACUUGCCAGAACUGCUGACAAAAACUUGCUCACACAUUACUCUCACCUUGUGAGCUUUUCUAUUCUUUUUUUUUUU